AUGACUGCACUGGUCGACUCGGAGGCAGUCGACUCGCCGUCUCCAUUGCCUCCCAAGAGUUUACUGAAACGAUUUCGUAAACGUCUUCUCAGUAUCGAUGGCAAAACGAGUGUACUACCGGCGACUUCGCGAAGUAUAGAUGCUCAAUCAUCUCCUCGUCGUCCACUCUACGUAGACAUUCCACUUGCGAAUGGCUUGAAUGAGAAGCGAAAAAGUCCAGUGACGAGCGUCGUCGAUUUUGUUCGAGGCCGUAGUCGUACAGCGUCGUUAACCUCGUCCGGGCCAGCAACACCUCCAUCACCACCAGCAUUGUCAGCUUCAGCCAGAGCGUCAGCUUCCACCGAUGGAGGCAUGCCACUUUUUGCCUAUGAGUUCGAAAUGGACUGA